UGGGAGGGCUCACGCCAGGGAGUCCUUCCCAGGGCUUCUGCUGCCAGUGUCCUGGUUCCCGCGGUGAGCCACAGCCAUCCCCCGCCUCUGCAGGAGACCCUCCGACACUAGCAGUGAACACCUACCUCUUCAUGAUGCAGGCUCAAGCCAUUCUCAUCUGGGACAACAUGAGAACGAUCGGCGCUCAGGUUUACCAGCAGGUAGUUCGGAGCGCUUACGCGAAGAGGAACAGUAGCGUGAAUGACUCAGAUUAUCCUCCUGACUUGAACCACAGCGAAACCUUCCUACAAACCACAACUUUGCUUCCUGAAGACUUCACCUACUUUGCAAACCAUACCUGCCCUGAAAGGCUCCCUUCCAUGAAGGGCCCCAUAGCCAUAAACAUGAGUGAAAUUGGAAUGGAUGCCGUCCAUGAACUCUUCUCUAGAGACCCAACCAUCAAGCUCGGAGGUCACUGGAAGCCAUCGGAUUGCAUUCCUCGAUGGAAGGUGGCAAUACUUAUCCCCUUCUGGAACCGCCAUGAGCACCUCCUGGUCCUGCUCCGACACCUGAUUCCCAUGCCCCAGCGCCAGCGCCUACAGUUUGCAUUUUAUAAGGUGGAGGAAGUUGGCACCCAACCCUUUAACCGAGCCAUGCUUUUUAAUGUGGGUUUUCAAGAAGCAAUGAAGGACUUGGACUGGGACUGUCUUAUUUUUCGUGAUGUGGAUCAUAUACCAGAAAGCGAUUUUAACUAUUACGGAUGUGGACAGAUGCCAAGGCACUUUGCAAUUAAACUGCAUAAGUAUAUGUAUCUGCUUCCUUAUACUGAGUUCUUUGGCGGAGUGAGCGGCUUAACAGUGGAACAGUUUCAGAAAAUCAACGGCUUUCCUAAUGCUUUCUGGGGUUGGGGUGGAGAAGAUGACGACCUGUGGAACCGAGUACAGAAUGCAGGCUGUUCUGUGAGUCGGCCGGAAGGUGACACAGGGAAGUACAAGUCCAUUCUUCAUCACCACCGAGGAGAAGUCCAGUUUCUUGGAAGGUACGCGUUGCUGAGGAAGUCCAAAGAACGGCAAGGGCUGGACGGUCUCAACAACUUGAACUACUUUGCAAACGUCACAUACGAUGCCUUGUAUAAAAACAUUACUGUCAAUUUGACACCCGAGUUGGCUCAGGUGACCGAGUACUGAGAUGAGGGGAGAAGAUAUGUUUGCUUCACCCACCGCCCCCAAGAAAGCAGCCUGACGACAUGUCUAGGGGCUCCGCAGAAGAAGAAAACAGAAAUCCAGUGUCUCAUGAAGGAUCACAGGGUUCAAGGAAAAAAUGUGAACAGAGCACAUGCACAAAACGCCUUCACCAUUUGGACUCUCUGGGCUUGAGGGAGAAGGCCGGGAACUGACUUUCUCUUUUCACAAGGCUGCUCUUCUCCCCCAUCUUCUGCCCUGAUGUCCCAUCUCCUCCACAAUCUCCAGAACCAAAGCUGUGAUCAGCCACCAUCCCGCCACGAAUGGCCUAGGGAGCUUCUUGGCCUUCAGAGCAAAGAGGCAGACCCACCACAGGGCAGCUGUGUUUUAGGAAGGGCAAAGGAAACUCCACACAACCAUUCUUCUACAUCUCUGGUGUUCUCUUUGGUUUCAUUAAAAAAAAAAAAAAAAAGAGGUAACAGAAGGAAUCCUUAUGGUGAUGGACCUCUUAUAUAUUUGGACAGUGGAAGUGAUUAGAUGAAUCUAUACAUGCAAUAUAUAAUUGCACAUUAUUGGGCUUCCCUGGUGGCGCAGUGGUUGAGAAUCUGCCUGCCAAUGCAGGGGACACGGGUUUGAGCCCUGGUCUGGGAGGAUCCCACAUGCUGCGGGGCAACUGGGCCCGUGAGCCACAACUACUGAGCCUGUGCGUCUGGAGCCUGUGCUCCGCAACAAGAGAGGCCACGAUAGUGAGAGGCCCGCGCACUGCGAUGAAGAGUGGCCCCUGCUUGCCACAACUAGAGAAAGCCCUCGCACAGAAACAAAGACCCAACACAGCCAAAAAUAAAUAAAUUAACUCCUACCCCCAACAGCUUUAAAAAAAAAAAAAAAAGAGGUGACAUAAAAAAAAAAUUGCACAUUAUUAAAUGCACAAACAAAUAAGUGCAUGUAUAACUUAAGAAAUAUGGAUCGAUCAUUGAAUUAUAGCAAUGUCAAUAGUUUGAUUGUGAUAUUGCACUAUAGUUAUGCAAGGUGUUAUCUGGGGGAACUGAGUAAAGGGUACAUAAGGUCUCGCUAUAUUAUUUCGUACAACUGCAAGUGAAUCUACAAUUAUCUCAAAUUUUAAAACAUAAUUUUUUUUUAGUUUGGACCUUUUGACUGCCUUCAUCCAGUUCCCCUCCCCCCACCCUCUGCCUCUGGUAACCACAAAUCUGAUUUCUAGAUGAGUUUGUUUAUUUAUUUUUGAAGUACAAUUGACCUACAACACUAUGUUAGUUCCUGUUAUACAAUACAGUGAUUUGAUAUUUCUAUACAUUUCAAAAUGAUCACCACAGUAAGUCUAGUUACAAUAUGUCACCAUACAAAGAUAUUAUAUAGUUAUGGACUAUAUUCCCCACACUAUACAUUUCAUACCCAUGUCUCAUUUAUUUUGCACCUGGAAGUGUGUACCUCUUAACCUCCUUCACCUAUUUCCCUUCCCCCCAUUAUUUUUUUUUAAAUACAGAGAAUUAGAGAAAAAAAAAUCUCUCUUCCAUGACUGGCCCAGUAAGGUAUUAAUCUCGCCUUUUCGUCAGUCGAAUUUCUUAGUACUCUUUUUCUGUAUUUCUGUAUUUGAUCCAUGUGUUUAUCCAUGUAUGUGUUUGGAGCAGAGUGAGUUUUCAAAGCUGAAUUCACGCUGCCAUAUGAGCCCAGAAGACCUCACUUUAACGAACUAUAGAAGCAUUGAAAGGCUGCACUCAGAGUCAGUGCUGGGCAGCAACUCCAUCCAAACAGUCCUCCCUUGGGGUUAACAUUUUCAUGGUAAUUUGAAGUGUUCACAAUAUUACUCACUUCUUUACAACAGUUUUAUUAAGUUAUACGAGAAAUUCAUCUUCUCUAUAGAAAAGUUAAAAAUUCAAAGAAGUAAAAGAAAAAAUAAAAACCCAACUAAUUUCUAAUCUGAUUUUGGAAAGUAAACUUGUCACCUCAGAAUAAACUCCAGAAUCAUUUUGCUAUUAAUUGAGAUGUUUAGCAGAAAGUUUAUCAAGACAGAAUAUGGAUUUUAUUAAACAGGACUCAACUUAUAAUUAGCCAUCAUUUGGCUCUUCUCACCUCUGAAAACUGACCAAUAGUCAGAAUUUCACACCUCCGAAUGAAAAUUGGCAUCCACUGUUUUGAGAUAACCAGAGGAACGGCAGCGUUCAAUGUAAGCAAUAUGACAAAACCUCAUAACUUAGGGCUUACUGUUUUGAAAAGUGUAAAAUAAAUCAGAUAAUUCAACUGAUGAGAUAUUCAGAAAAGUAGUGCUUAAAUGGUCUGGGCCUCGAUGGUAAAGGACAGCUGUUGGACUUAAUGAACAUACUCAUAUGAUGAUAGUUCUAUGAGGGAGUUGCAUGUUUAUAUCCAUAAAAAGGUGGAAGAUAAUUAAAGAUUCAAAUGAGGUAAUCAUUCCUUAAUAAGGUCUACUAAGGCUUUAACAUUAGGCCAUUAGAAAAGAAUCUGAUGAGCAACUGUCAGGUUUGUAUCAGAAGCAAUCAAGCAUGUGUCCAAACUCCACUGCUGUUACGUGAGUGUGAGGGAUGGAAAUGGCACACAGGCUUUGCUGAAGAACAAUCAUCCUAUGAUAAUGAAGUGGGGGUUAAUGCUAAUGCAGGAUAUAUUUGGAAACUUAAGCAGGUGCUUUGGGAAAGGCUUAUCUGUGGUCAAAUGCUGGUCUCCAAGGAAAGCAAAGAGAUGCCUGGGCUCCCUGUUAUCUGAAUGGUUGGUGGAGAUGCUCCAGUUGGUUCUGAAGGCACAAAUGCCUAAGAGUUAUUACUGACUUUUUAAUAUCCACCUAGGUCUUUAGACCCAAAUGCUGGAGAAGUGAGCAGAUACAUGGGACAGUUAUGGACUCUGUUCACCCCAUUAACUUAAGGUUGAGAUAGACAGUCCUGAUAGCUAUCUCCAGGCCCCCUUGUUUCCGGUCCCCCCUGCCACCAUUGUCUGUGAAGUCUUCAAAAAGGAGAAGCACUUCCCAAGCAGGAGACCCUCGUCUACUCCCAUCCUACCCUCCAGCUGCCUAGGAGGAAAGAAAGCUAGAGAGAACCAAAAAGAGGGAGUUUAACUCCAUUUUGCUCCUCCUCUGAAAUUUCGAUUUCCUUAGCACAGAAGACCCCUUAUGUCUUCUUGAAAAGUGAAUUUGGGCAGAAGGGAAGUUAUGACUGUGCCCUAGAGGUCAAAGUAUUUGAUCAGGAGUAUAUGGGGAGGGGGCAUUCUCCUCCUACCCCCUUGUUCAUACCUCAACACCCUGGAGCAGGACAUUGAUGAGAGUCCCAUGUCCAUGGGGUCUUUCCUGGAUGGGUCUAAUGUGCCAAUGGUUCAUGCUAAUCCUUGGGUCACUUUUUUUUUCCCCCUUUUGGGUUUUCCUGACUUCAGAUGGAAUUGCUUCAUAGAGCCUGAUCUUCUAUAGCUGCUUUAGACCUUCACCUGCUGGAAAGGUCUGAAAUUCUCCAGCUUUUUAGUCUCAUUAGUGGAUAAGUUGAAAUUGGAGUAAGAGGCUGAGUGUCUCUGCACAUUACGCAAAUCAACUUUGCCAGCACCGUACUACUUUCCUCAUUGACUCCUUGAAUCUAGUUAUAAAUAGGUUAGAGCUAAUAAAUGAGGAGUGAGUGAUGGGUCCUCUCCACUUCUAACAGCAAAGUAAAACAAAGGUAUCAUUGAACCUUAAAUGCGAUAAACAAUUCUUUAUUUUUUUAAAUAAAUUUAUUUAUUUAUUUUAUUUAUUUAUUUUUGGCUGUAUCGGGUCUUCGUAGCUGCACACAGGACUUUCUCUAGCUGCAGCCAGCAGAGGGCUACUCUUUGCGGUGCACGGGCUUCUCAUUGCGGUGGCUUCUCUUGUUGUGGAGCCCGGACUCUAGGUGCACAGGCUUCAGUAGUUGUGGCACGUGGGCUCUAGAGCACAAGCUCAGUAGCUGUGGCGCACAAGCUUAGUUGCUCCGUGGCAUGUAGGAUCUUCCCAGACCAGGGAUCGAACCCGUGUCCCCUGCAUUGCCAGGCGGAUUCUUAACCACUGCGCUGCCAGGGAAGUCCCACGAUAAGCAAUUCUUGAAAGAGAAAGGAGGGGCAACUCAAUUAUUGAGAGGAAAGAAAUAUGACUGGAAAAAAGAACAUAGCAUAUAUGUUCUUUUCUCUUUAUAUAUAUAUACAUACAUACAUACAUAUGCUGGCGUGGUAGCAAAAUUUCAAGAGCUACAUUGAGGUGGAAUGCCAAGUUUGGGCAUAUUUGGGGAAAUAUUGGAUGGGCCACCCAGAGUCUAUUUAAAUGAGUUUGAGCAACUUCCUGAGAGAAAAAGAACUCAUUCUAGAAAAAGGAAUCUGGCUCAAUACUUUGAAUUAGAAUGUUACUAAUUCUUAAAUAUGGAUGAGAAGGGCAACUCUGCGGGUAGUAGAGUGUUUGUCCCUGGGAUAUUUCUCCUGAUCCAGAUCUCCACUAGAAACAUGUCUAAGUCUGCUGCACUGCCUGUGUAGUAUUUUAUUUUGAAACAGUUCAGUAUGAACAAUGUGAUAUAUGUAUGUAAAUUAAUUUUAACCUACAUCUAAGGGUUAGUAUAAUCUUUGGUUAGCACUGGAAAUCCCCCAAUCUUCAAUCCACACACCAAAAACAGCUAAGAAGUAUUUCAGAUACCCUCAUCAAAAUCUAGCCAAGGGCUUCCCUGGUGGCACAGUGGUUGAGAGUCCGCCUGCCGAUGCAGGGGACACGGGUUCGUGCCCCGGUCCGGGAAGAUCCCACAUGCCGCGGAGCGGCUGGGCCCGUGAGCCAUGGCUGCUGAGCCUGCGCGUCCAGAGCCUGUGCUCCGCAACGGGAGAGGCCACAACAGUGAGAGGCCCGCGUACCGCAAAAAACAAAAACAAAAACAAAAUCUAGCCAAGCACCCAUCUUGAAUACCACUAAUUUCACUACCAAAAAGUUAUUUCUUUUUUUUUAUUAUUGUUUAUUAAUUUAUUUAUUUUUGGCUGUAUUGGGUCUUCGUUGCCGUGCGCGGGCUUUCUCUAGUUGCAACGAAUGGGGGCUACUCUUUGUAGCACCGUCUCGUUGUCCUGGCUUCUCUUGUUGUGGGGCACGGGUUCUAGGCGUGCGGGCUUCAGUAGUUAUGGCUUACAGGCUCUAGAGCUCAGGCUCAGUAGUUGUGGUGCACAGGCUUAGUUGCUCCGUGGCAUGUGGGAUCUUCCCGGGCCAGGGCUCGAACCCGUGUCCCUUGCAUUGGCAGGCAGACUCUUAACCAUUGCGCCACCAGGGAAGCCCCCAAAAAGCUAUUUCUAACAUCUUUUAUGCUGAUGAAUCAAGUCAUGUUGCUCUGAUGUUCCUCUAAGAGAAUCUAAGGAGAAAGACACAUUUUUCCCUACUUCCCAACAGCAGUCUGGGGAUCAAGUUCCCCUUGAAUCAACACUAGAAGCCUGUGAUUUCUUGAAGGAGGCAGCAGAACCUGUUGGAUGAGUGGUCUGGCCAAAGUGGUAUCCAGCUAAGGCAGUGGCAUCAGGAAGAGGGGAUGGAAACAAUAGAGUCAUGGGGAAGUCUUGGCUGGCCCAACAGGUUCAGGAGAGACUGAUGAACAUGGCGGCACCCAGGGAAGUGAGAAUGAAUCAAGAAAAGAGAAUGAAAAUAUCACAAAUCACUAAUGAGUCACCUCUGAGAACUCCCAGAAAUACUUGAUGGAGAUUUUGUUGGGAUUUGAGGUCAGCACCUGAAAACACGGAUUGCAUAUGUAUAAUUGCAUUGGAGUGGGAAGUUAGACAUGAAAAUACUUAAUUGCCAUUGAAAUCUACAAAGGAUCUCUCAAAGGGUACUUUCAAUUCUGUACUUGGCCCAGCCAAAUACAAUUGGCUUGACUCCUUAGGCGGAACAGAAGGUACCUGGUAGAGCUAAGUUUUCAUAGAUGCAUCUGGUUCCCCAAGAGGGCACAGAGCUAAUACAACUGAAAAGGUGUACACCUGUGACUUCAGGCAUCUUGUGAAUGACCAGGCCUGGCUUAGUCAUUCACAAGAUGCUUAAGUUCAAAGCAGAGAUUUUCAUCUGGGAAGCAGGUUGGGGUGGAAGGAAAUAUUCAAAUGGCCUGGAGAAUCUUUUCAGAACACAAAUUCCCCAGGCCCCAGUCUGGAUCUAUUGACCCAGAAUUUCUAGUAAUGGGAUUGAGAAUGAGUUUGGGAGCCCAGUGUGUCUUCAGAAUUUGGAGGCAACUGGAGAAUCAAGGAGUUCUAGGGCAGAGAAGAGGAAUAUUUGCUCGUGUUACUAGGAGAUGGGUAGGGAGGAACAGACCAGAGAUACAGAGACUGGGGUUCCAGAGGAGGUGGAAGGGAGAAGGGGAGAAGGGCGGGAACACAGGUGGUCUUAAAGGGAACCGGAGGAGAGGCCCUCCAUUAGCUGGAAGGAAAAAGGCAUGAGAGAUCAGCUCGGUGCUUUGUCACCACCUAGAGGGGUGGGAUAGGGAGGG